AAGUCAAAACGGGGCGAAUCAAGUGCGACUGAGCAAUCUGGAACAUCAGAAAAAAUGCUGUGUGGAGGUGUAAGAGCAGCAGUUUUCGGUCGCACAAGCAUCUUAUCAUUUCCUCCUCCCCGCUCUUCUUCUUCACCGCUCAAAUCCUUCUACUUUCCCGCCACUACCCGCCUCUACGCCGCUCAAUCGCAACCGUCCAUCAAAAUGUCCGCCAGCAAUCCACCUGAGUUCAUCGAGCAUAUCGUCCUCUUCAAAGUCAAACAAGAUGUUGACCCUUCCAAAGCAACCGCCAUGCUCAACAACCUCAGUAGUCUCACCUCACUCGAUUCCGUCCUCCACCUCACCGCCGGCCCGCUCCUCCGGUCCCGAUCCUCCUCUCUCACCUUCACUCACAUGCUCCACUCUCGCUACGCCUCCAAAUCCGACCUCGAUGCUUACUCCGCACACCCCGACCACGUCGCCGUCGUCACCAAUUACGUCAAGCCUAUCAUCGAUGACAAUAUGGCUGUCGAUUGGGUCGCCAGUGGCGCCGGCGCCGUUAAAAUUCCUCCGGGUUCGGCUAUGAGGGUCACAUUUUUGAAAUUGAAGGAGGGCUCAGGGGAGGAUGAGAGAAAUGAGGUUUUGGGGGUGAUUGGAGGAAUCAAAGAGAAGUUUCCGGGGAUUGAGCAGUUGAGUUUCGGGGAGAACUUUUCUCCCCGGAGAGCGAAAGGGUUUUCGAUCGCCUCUAUUGCGGUUUUCAAGGGGGUCAAUGAAUUGGAGGGAUUGGAUGCGGAAUCGGAGGCGGCCAAUAAGCAGAAGGAUUUGGUUAGGGAUAAGGUAGAUGGUGUGGUGGUGCUGGAUUACGCGGUUCCUUCGUCGCAGACGGCUAGCCUCUGAAGAAGGGUACAAUUCUCUGUUCAUUCAAUUGUCCAGUUUCGCCAAGCAUAUUUUUAUUGGCCAUUUCUCUUUUAUGCUUUACUGGACUGCAUGAAUGUUCAAUGUCAUUAUUGUUGUUGUUGUUGUUUAGGGUGAUAUUAGACUUUGAAACUAGAAUGGUGCUAAUAAAUAAUGAUGAGAAGAAGAUGAAGUGUUCAGUUUUUCA